AUGACUGCCGACCCAGCCAACAUCUCUGCGAUGCAAUCUCUAUCUCUCGCUCCGAACCAGCCAGGAAGCCAAGAACACGACAGCACCACAGACAAUGGCGCCAACACGCCGACGGAAGACCGUGAUACCGCGCCAACCACCGAUGCCAUUGUUGCUAUACCUCUGCCAUUGAUUAAGAGCUUGUCUACGACCACAGUUAAGUCUUUCAAGUCUGUGCAAGACGGGCAGCCUGGCGCGGUAUCUGCUGAGCCGAUAGCAACCAGAAAGGAAGCUUUCUUUACUUAUUUCCAGCUUCUGGUCUACGCCAAUCCGACAUGGAAGGACUAUCUCCUCCUCGCUGGUGGUCUGGUCAUAUCCGCCGCUGCUGGUGUCCCAAUCCCCCUCAUGGGGAUCUUCUUCGGUCAGCUUGUCGACGACCUCAAUCAGGGCACGUGUGACUCCAAAGACCGUGUCAACAUUGUCAAGCUAUCCCCCGAUGAGCUACAGCAUUCGGUCAACGAAAAGGUUCUCAAACUUCUGUAUAUUGGCAUAGCCAGCUUUGCCCUCAUCUACGCCUACCUCGUCUGUUGGGCCAUCUUCUCGCGUCGCCUCGAGGCCCGCAUCCGUGAUGCAUACUUCAAAAACCUGCUCCGGCAGGACGCCACUUUUUACGAUAAGCGCCAGGCCGGCGAGCUGUCGUCUCGCAUGAACGCAGACAUGCAGACCAUCCAGUCUGGCACCUCUGAAAAAGUCGGUAUAUGCAUUGCCUGUACCUCCUUUUUCGUUACUGCCUACGUUGUGGGAUUUGUGAAAGACGCAAAGCUCGCCGGGAUGCUCAUCUCUCUUAUCCCGGCGUUCCUGCUAUUGUCUGUGGUCGGCAGCUACUUUACGCAAAAGUUUACCUUGGCUAUGUCGAACGCUAUUGCCUCAGCUUCCUCUGUCGCGCAAGAGACUCUGUCCCAUAUCGCUGUCGUACAAGCUUUCAACGCCGGUCCCCGUCUUGAGGCCAAAUUUGCCGCCGCUAUGGACCUCGCCCUCGCUGCGGGCAUCAACAAGGCAUUUGUAGCUGCGUUGCAGGCCGGUACGCUAUAUCUCAUUGCUUACUCUGCCAACGCCCUUGCCUUUUGGCAGGGAAGUCGCCAGAUUGUCGACGCCAUUGGGUCCAAAAACGGCACUAGCGUCGGUGACAUCUAUGUUGUCAUCUUUUUGCUUGUAGAUGCCUGUAUCAUCUUUGGAUCUAUCGCACCCUAUCUUCCAAUGCUUGGUGCCGCUGCUGCAGCUUUUCGCAAGGUCCGAGAAGAUAUCGAAGCACCGGUCUCCAUUGAUUCUAGCUCCGACAAUGGCCAAAAACUUUCCACUAUUGCCGGCGGUAUUAAGUUCGAUGCUGUCUCUUUUGCCUAUGUCUCCCGUCCUGACCAGCCCGUCCUGAAUCGAAUUACUUUUGAGUGUCCUGCCGGCAAGUACACAGCGCUCGUAGGUCUAUCUGGCAGCGGCAAAUCUACUGUAGCAGGUCUGACCACACGGUUGUAUGAUCCCACCGAAGGGGCUAUCACACUCGACGGUCGUGACCUCCGAGAUUUUAAUGUGAAGAACCUGCGCAGUUUCAUGAGUCUUGUACAGCAAGAACCCUCUCUCCUCAGCCGGUCGAUUCUCGAAAAUAUUGCCCUCGGUGUACUCAACUCGCCCUGGGACCACCACCGAAAGUUUCAGGCCAUCAUUGACAGCCCGAUAUUGGCGCGCCUUGCUGCAAAUCUCCAAGAAACAACGAAUAUCAAUACGGCUGCGCAAGAGUUUGGUAGCGAUGUCGUUGAGCUUGUUGGCAUGGUUCGUGAAGCAGCCAAACUUGCUGACGCUGCGUCCUUUAUCGAGACACUGCAGUGCGGCUAUGGCACUGAGGUUGGCAUCAGUGGCAAGCUUGUCAGCGGUGGGCAGCGACAACGAAUUGCUCUCGCCCGCGCUCUCAUACGCAACCCCAGAAUAUUGAUUCUUGACGAGGCAACCUCAUCUCUAGACUCUGCCAGUGAGCGACGCAUACAAGCAGCCGUCGAGUCCAUUGCUAAAGAUCGCACUCUAAUUGCAAUUGCACAUCGUUUAUCUACCAUCAAAAAUGCAGAUAACAUCAUUGUCAUGAACAAUGGAGACAUUCUUGAACAAGGUACUCAUAGUCAGCUCAUGUCUCUCAAUGGCAAUUAUGCCAGCAUGGUUCGCCUCCAGAAUAUCGAGGCGGAGAGACAUGAUGACAGUGCCUCGCUCGCGAGUACUGCCCGGGGUGAUAUUGAAACUGACAUGCCGGGUCGCAGUUCCGUCGCUAGGGAAGAGGAACCUGUCAAUAAGGUUCACGAUACGAUCACGGCUGCCAACUUCCAGGCCACACGGACAGAUGAAGCUACCACUGCCGCUGCCGCUGCCGCUGCCGCUCCGAACGACAGUGAUUCCAACAAGUCGACUGGCACAGUUGUCCGCAGCAUGUUCAAGCUCCUCCGGCCGAAUCUUCUCUGGCUAUUCGCUGCCAUCCUUGCUGGGACCAUUGUCGGGCUCACCUUUUCCGCUUCGGGUCUCAUCUUCGGCAACACCAUCGGCAACGUCAGUCCCUGCAACAGUGCCAUCCAUAUUCUAUGGGCAGGCCGCUUCUUUGGCGGUCUCUUCUUCAUGCUCGCUGUUGUUGAGCUUCUCGCCAAUUCGGCAAGUUGGUCUGGUUUUGGCUACGUUGCGGAAAAGCUUCUGUACCGUAUUCGCGUGCUUACAUUUCGCUCUCUAUACCAGCAAGACAUGGACUGGCAUCAGGCCAGUGGCCGCACGCCCGCAUCUCUUCUGUCUGUUAUCACGGCCGAUGCUGCCGCUGUUGGUGGUUUCAGUGGCUCCAUCAUCGGUACCAUGUUCUCUAUUAUGGUCAAUUUUCUAGUUGCCAUAAUCAUGUCCCACAUUAUCGCCUGGAAGAUUGCCGCUGUUUGUCUCGUGACAGUGCCACUGCUACUCGGCUCUGGUGUCAUGCAGGUGCGCUCGCUCUCUCAAUUUGAGCGUAAGCAUGCCAGCGCGUUUUCCUCGGCUAUCGGUAUUACCGUUGAGGCAAUCAACUCGUUCAAGACGGUUUCUUCUCUUUCCAUUGGGGAUGAAAUCCUGGGGACGUACCGUCGUGCAUUGUACGCACCGCAAAAAGAAAUCACAAUAUCUAGCCUCUGGACCAAUUUUUGGCUCGCCAUGGCCAACAGCACGUGCAACCUCAUCUACGCCUUUGCCUACUGGUGGGGUUCUACGCGCAUUAUCAAGGGCGAAAACACGCAGACACAGUUCCUCAUUAUUCUGAUGGCGAUGCUCGUCAGCGCACAGCUUUGGGGUCAGAUGUUCAGUCUCGCACCUGAAAUCUCGCGUGCGCGUGCUGCCGCCUCUCGUAUUCUGAGUCUCAUUGACCUUGAUUCCGCCGCAUCGCUGCCUAACGAGAAAGGGAGUGUGGACGUCGAGGCUGAUGCGCAACCUCCAAGCAAGCCACCUGGUCCGAUCCAGGGCUCUACAAUUAUAUUCAAAGAUGUCGCCUUUGCCUACCCUUCCAGAACCAAUAUUCAGAUCUUGAAGGGCAUGACAUUCACUAUCGAUGCAGGUCAGUUUUGUGGUCUCGUUGGCCCCUCUGGUGCUGGGAAGUCCACUAUCAUGUCGCUGGUGCAGCGCAUGUAUCGUCCUUCCGCCGGUGUGGUUGAGAUUGACGGAGUGGACAUUUGCGUCAAGGAGGGUACUGAAUUCCGCGACGACAUCGCCAUUGUACCCCAGGAUUGCGCGCUGUUCGAGGGUACCGUCAGAUUCAACGUCAGCAUAGGUGCGCGCCCCGGCCGCGAGCCCACUGACGCCGAAAUUGAGGCAGCAUGCCGCCUGGCUAAUAUCCAUGACACCAUUGCUGCACUGCCCGACGGCUAUAGCACCGAGUGUGGUCCUAACGGAUCGCGCCUCUCUGGUGGACAGCGUCAGCGUCUGGCGAUUGCGCGUGCGCUGGUCCGCAAGCCUAAACUUCUGCUCUUAGACGAGAGUACCAGUGCUCUUGACGCUGAGAGCGAACGCGCUCUUCAGGAGGGUCUUGAGAGGGCGGCCAAGGGUAUCACAGUCAUUGCCAUCACCCACAGACUACAUACGGUACGCAAGGCCGAUGUCAUUUUUGUGAUAGAGGAUGGACAGAUCAUGGAAAAGGGCCGCCACGACGAGCUUGUGGAGCGAAGCGAAUCAUAUAGGGUUGACGCGGGAGGUGCUUUAGACCCUCUUAUCAACUUUCUGGUUCGGGAAUUCACAAUCUAA